GAAGUGAGCGAAGAGGAUGGCGAAGCGCAGAAUGAAUUAUGUGAGAAACAGGAGUCCGUGUGGCUCUCCCUGCUUCCUAGGGUCAAUUUUUAUAUAUUUAUACAAUCUUUUAUUUUGCUAGAUCACUGUUUAUCCACUAAGGGCAGGAUGAGUGCGGAGGCGGCGGAUCGGGUCGCCGCUGUGACGAGCAGCCGGCCCAGCACGCCUCUUCAGACUUCCUGGUUUGAGUUCCUCCUGGACCCCGCCUUGUUGGAGAAACACCUGCAGAUGUGCAACGCAGACCCGACCGCCGUGCAGCUCAUCGUCCAGUUCCUGGAGCAGGCGUCCAAGCCGUCCGUGAACGAGCAGAAUCAAGUGCAGCCUCCGGCGGACAACCGGCGGAACCGCACCUUGAAGCUGCUGGCCCUGAAGGUGGCGGCGUACAUGAAGUGGGACCUGGAUGUGCUGGAAAAAGGCUUGACCAUCCCCGUCUUGAACAUGCUACUCAACGAGCUCCUGUGCGUGAGCAAAGUGCCACCGGGGGUGAAACACGUGGACCUGGACCUGUCCACCCUGCCCCCGACCACGGCCAUGGCGGUCCUCAUCUACAACCGCUGGGCCAUCAGGACCAUCGUGCUGAGCAGCUUCCCCGAGAAGCAAACCAAACCGGGGCCGCAUCAAAUGAACAUGUUGAAUGUGGUGCAGCAGGAGAAAGAGAUGACGGAAAACAUCCUCAGUGUCUUGAAAGAGCAGGCUAGCGACUCCAUCAGUGUCCUGGCGGGAGCUCUACGGCUGAAGAAGGACUUCUAUGUGCACACCAUGAGGACCUUGGACUUGCUGGCCGCGGACGCCGCCGCCGCCAACGGCGAGACCGAAUCCUCCACGGCGGGGCUCCGCAUCAGCGCCGACGAGCUACACUGCCAGGUUCACUACGACUUGGGGGCCAUUUUCUUCCAGCAAGGCUGCACGGACCAGCCGGCGUUUGAGAAGGCCCGAGAUCACUUCAGGCAGACUAAAGAGCUCCUGAAGAAGCUGGACUCCGCAAUCCACGUCCACCUGGAUGAGAAGCGUCUCGCGGGGUACUGGAACGCCUGCAAAGCCCUGACCGGCGACUGCGACUCAUGCGACUCGCAGACAACUCACUACGACCAGAUCAACAUGAUGAUCAGCGCUCGCAGCUACCAGGCGGUAGUGGAAGCUUUCGUCAAGGACAACGUGGGCCGAAGCUUGCCGAAGCACUUCAGGUGCUCUGUACUCAGGGAGCUCUUGCACAAGGCCCAGCAAGGGGAAGCGGGCCUGGACGAGGUUUGUCACAAGUUGUGUGUCUGCAACGCCGUGCGUGACGCUCUGGAAGGCGAAGUGCUGGGCCUGCGCUUCCAGCAGCUGCUCCUGAAGCCCAGUAAACGCCUGGUAGACUUCAUUUUAGAGGUGAGCACGCGGUCAUUGGAGAAGGAGCGUUCAUCAGAAACAUCCAGAAGAAACAUGGCUACUUUUAUGCGCACUCUCUGUGAAAGCCUGGAGGAUCGGUCUCUGGUGUUCGUGGUGUCCUCUCACAAACUCUUCACGGAGCUGCUGAAGGAGGAGGAGAGGAAGUUGCUGGUGGAGCAGAUGCGGAAGAGGUCGGCCACGGUCAACCUCAGCGCAAAGCCCCUUCCGUCCUUCUACGACAUCCCAGCGUCGGCGAGCGUGAGUGUCGGGCAGCUGGAGCAGCAGCUCAUCCUCUCCUUGGACCCGCGCAGGAUCAGGCAGAUCCUCACCGAGCUCCACGGCGCCGCAGAUCGGCGCUUCUGGAGGGUCAACAGCAAGUGGGAAGUCCCUGCAGACUACCGCAGUGUGGUCCUGGCUAUCAAAGACAACCUGACCAAGGACCUGGUCUACAUCUUCAUGGCCAAAGGCCUUCACUGCAUAUCCAUAAAGGACUUCCUGCACGCGCGGCAGCUCUUCUCUGCCUGCUUGGAGCUGGUGACCGAGUUCUCGCCGCGUCUGAGGCAGGUGAUGCUGAACGAGAUGCUGCUGCUGGAGGUACGCGCCCACGAGACGGUGGCGGCCGAAGGCAGCAAGGAGCGGCCGCCCCCCGACCUGGUCAGCAGAGUGAGGGGCUACCUGGAGAUGAGGAUACAUGAUCUUCCUCUGCGUCAGGUGGUCGGGGAGGAGUGCGUGGCCUUCAUGUUGAACUGGAGGGAGAACGACUACCUGACUCUGCAGGUGCCGUCCACUGCCGUCAUGAACAACCCGUACAUCAAGCUGGGCCAGCUCCUGGCGUCCACGUGCAAAGAGCUCCCCGGUCCCAAAGAGAGCCGGCGCACUGCCAAGGAGCUUUGGGACGUGGUGGUGCAGAUCUGCAGCGUCUCCAUCCAGCACAAGCGCAGCAACGACGGCCGAGUGGGCCUGAUCAAGCACCGGGAGUCCUCCAUGGGCAUCCUGCACAGGAGUAAAUUGAUGACAUUUGUCACCAAGAUCAGAGAGCCGUUGGUGCUGACGACCCUCAUCUCGCUUUUUGUGAGGCUGCACUCCAUCGUGAGGGAUGACAUCGUCAACGAAGUGACCGCCGAGCAUCUCUCCAUCUGGCCGUCGUCUCUCCCCAACAUACAGGCGGUGGACGUGGAGGCCGUGGCGGUGACGGUUAAAGAGCUGGUGACCUACGCCCUCACGCUCAACCCCAACAACCAGUCGUGGCUCAUCACGCAGGCCGACAUCUACUUUGCGACCAACCAGUACUCUGCGGCACUCAACUUAUACCUUCAGGCCGGCGCUGUGGCCUCGGACUUCUUCACUAAAGCCGUCCCGCCUGACGUCUACUCGGACCAGGUGCUGAAGAGGAUGAUCAAGUGCUGCUCCAUGAUGAACUGCCACACGCAGGUCGCCGUUCUUUGCCAGUUCCUGAGAGAAGUCGACUACAUGACGGCGUUCAAGGCGCUACAGGAGCAGAACAGCCACGACGCCAUGGACUCCUUCUAUGACUACAUCUGGGACGUCACCAUCCUGGAGUACCUCACGCAUAUUCACCAUAAGCGCGGCGAAGCGGAAAAGCGACAAAUAGCGAUAAAAGCCAUCGGCCAGACGGAGUUGAACACCAGCAACCCGGAGGAAGUUCUGCAGCUGGCGGCGCAGAAACGGAAAAAGAGGUUCUUACAGGCCAUGGCCAAACUUUACUUCUAAGCGGCACUGGAUCACAACACCGGAAUGUGCAUUUUUAUUUUGUGGUAGGAAAUACAUGAAAUAAAUUAACUUUUUGUA